AUGACCACCAAAAUGCAAACCGCCAGGGCUUGCGUGGAACAAGAGAACAAAGACUCAGUCUUAUACAAUCACAAACUGAAGAAGCAUUUGCCACAAAUCGAAGCGUCUCUAACAGGAAGCAAGAUUCUUUAUGCCAACAUCUAUGGCCCUUUGAUGGACAUGAUCCAAAACCCUAGAAAAUAUGGGUUCAAGGAGACGAAGAAAGGAUGUUGUGGAACAGGGCUUUUGGAAGCGGCUUUCCUGUGCAAUGACUUUACAAAGACUUGUCCACAUCAUUCGGAUCAUAUGUUUUGGGAUUCCAUUCAUCCCUCGGAAGCUUCAUACAAUUACCUUGGUAAUUUCAUUGAUGCUCAGAUUCGAGGUUGGGCUAAGGUUUAG